UCACAUGCUCAUGUGGAAAAAAAUUGCACGCGGCCGUGCCGCACGAGGCCGCCGGUGCGGCCCGGCACCGAUUAACGACGCGUGGAUAUUCAACGGCAUCUGUAUCUCAUGGAUAAAGCCUCGGACGUAUACGCAGCUCGGCUAAGCCUCGGACGUAUACGCGGCUUGGCUUACAGAACGGCUCGCUUUACCAUCGUUGCUUCCAUACGCUUCCAUACAGAUACGUAUCUUGGCUUCCAAAAAACAUGUCCUGCUAAUCAUAUUGAAGCCGCCGCCGCCGCCGCCGCCACGCGUGACUGGUGGCCGCCGUCUUCCUCAUUUGCCAAGUGACGGUUGCGCCAUUACAUAUCGUAGCUUCCAAAGAACAAGUCCUGCAACGAUCAUAUUGAAGCCGCUGCCGCUGCCACGCAUGACCGGUGGCUGCUGUCUUCCUCGAUUGCCAAGUGACGGUUGUGCCAUGGAUAUUUCCUCAUCCUCAGGUCUAGCAGCCAACAUAGAGGCCGAUCAACUCAUCUGUCCACUUGAUGGAGAUCGUGAAGUCGUCGGGUACGAGAACGACGAGAUAAAUGUAGUUGCCGUGGAACAUGGAGAUGAAGACGCACAAGGAACUCAGGUCGCUAAUAAAAUUCAACAAACUUCAUUUGUUCCAGAAGUUGGAAUGGCUUUUGAAUCAGAGAAUAGUGCUUAUGAGAUGUAUAACAGUUAUGCUGGUAAGAUUGGAUUUAGUAUUAGAAAAGGUACAACAAAACACCGGCCAGAUGGUAGUUUAUAUAUGAAACAUUUAGUUUGCAGUAAUGAAGGAUUUGGGAAAAGUGAGUCAUCGAAGGGCAUAACAAGGACAGGUUGUGGUGCUCGUGUUCAAUUCAGUGUUAGUAAAGAAGGGAUUUGGAUAGUGCAAAAGAUUAUAGUAGAUCAUAAUCAUUAUCUUGCUAGUCCAAAUAAGAAGAAAAAUUUAAGAUCCCAACGACGUGUCACAGAAGCAGACAGAAAGCUAAUUGGACAGAUACGAGAAGCUGGGAUGAGACCUGCCCAGGUGUAUGAGUUCAUGAAAGAAUUUUAUGGAGGAGCUGACAAAGUGCCAUACUCGAGGAUGGACUGCAACAAUGAGAUUGGUCGUGAGCGCAAGAAAUACUUAGAAUCUAAUGAUGCACAAACACUAUGCAACUACUUGAAGAAUAAGCAACGUGAGGAUCCUACAUUUUUCUAUGCAAUUGAUAUAGAUCAGGAAGAUGGACCCAAUAAAGGUCGUAUAGCUAAUUUCUUUUGGGCAGAUGGUCAGUCUAUCGUGGAUUAUAGAUGCUUUGGUGAUGCUGUGUCAUUUGACACCACCUUUCAAGCUAAUAAGUUUGAAAUGCCUUUUGCUCCAAUCCUUGGUACAAAUCAUCACAAGCAAACCAUAAUUUUUGGAGCUGCACUUUUAUUUGAUGAAACAAUUCCAUCAUUUGUUUGGCUCUUUGAAACUUUUUUAACAGCAAUGUCAGGCAAGCAUCCGAGCACAAUUUUCACUGAUCAAGACGCGGCCAUGGCAGGUGCAAUUUCUUAUGUAUUCCCAAACACAAGCCAUCGUCUUUGUAUAUGGCAUAUUUAUCUUAAUGCUGCUAAACAUCUCGGACAUAUAAUUCAAAAGCAUAAGGAGUUCCUACCUGCUUUUAAGAGUUGUGUCUAUGAAGACAGAUCAGAGUUUUGCUUCAAUAAGAAGUGGAUGGAGUUGUUGCAGGAGUAUCACCUUGAGGAAAAUGAAUGGGUCUCAAACUUAUAUAAUUUGAGGAAAAAAUGGGCUAUUGUAUACCGUGACUCUUUUACAGCUGACAUGACCUCUACCCAAAGGAGCGAAGGAAUGAAUAAUGUCUUUAAGAGAAGAUUUCGAAGAAAGCUUGGUCUUUCGGAGCUCCUUGUUGAAUGUGAGAAAGUAAGUGCUAGUCUUCGCGAAAAUGAGGUGAAUGCAGAUUUUCAUUCACGUAGAAAAAUCCUAGUUGCUUACAACCCAAAGUUACCUAUGUUGAAGACUGCAGCUGAAUCAUAUACAAGGAGGAUGUAUUUGGAGUUUGAGACAGAAUUUAAAGAUCAAUUUUUAUUAAUUGGUCGGUUGUUAAGAACUGAGGGAUCAAUCUUAACAUAUAUGGUUAUGAAUGUACAAUCCGAUCAUGUUCUUGGAGCAACAGUUGUAUUCAACAUUGAAGAUUUGGCUGUCACAUGUUCUUGCAGAAAAUAUGAAUCCAUAGGUAUAUUAUGCAAGCAUGCCCUGAAAGUCUUCAACAUAAAUGAUGUUUUUGUUUUGCCAUCACAAUAUAUACUGAAUAGAUGGACAAAAUAUGCAAAACGUGAAAUUUCUGUUAAUAAACAAGGAACAGAGAAUGAAAAUUUGACAACCCAAGCAGCACGUAUCUCACGGAAGGCGACAUCUAUUGCAUUGAAGUGUUCACUAUCAAAAGAGCUUCUUGAUGAUUUGGAGAAAGCCAUAGAUAAGCUGGACCUGGACGCAGAUAAUUCUAUAUGCAAGGUGCAAGAAAAAGCUAAUGAGGUUCCUACAGUUUUUACUGAGUGCUGUACAGAUACAAUAACAGGUAAAAUAUCAUUUAGAGCUCCCCCUGUGGUAAAAGGCCCAAAAAAUAAACGAUCAACCACAUCGCUUGAAAAGAGAAAAGGGAAGAAAAAAAGUGGUAACAAGAAAGGAGAUGCUCAAAAUAGUACAACUGAAAACAGCCAUGAAGCCUCUGAUAUGUUUGUUCAUCCUUCAACUGUGGCAAUUCCAACGAUCCAGGGUGGUUAUGUUAAUGCCACAAUGCCACACUUUAAUAUGUAUUUGAGUUCUUCAGAAAUGGAUGCUCAGGGUGUACAAGGAGGAUACACAAGUCUUUUACUUGGAGUUGAUCAAGGUGCUGCUUCAGUAGUUAAGAAGUUGCAGUUUGAUGGAUUGCCAAAUAACGAGAAUAUCUGACAAUCUAGAUUUCAGACCGAAAAGACUACCAACUGGAAGAGAAGGAAAAGAGCAUCGGCAGAUGCUAGCUCAUGCGAGUGUGCACAGGGACACUUGAGUACAAUCAGUAGUAGCAUACUUGGAAAAUUUAAGUUCACGUGUAGAAAAUUCUACUAGUAACUUUGUAAUAAUGGAGUACGAGCUGGCCGGUUCAUUCAAAGCUGACAAUCCCAGUUCAAUGUCAUUAAAUAUUGCAAUUGCA